AUGACUUCAAUUUCAGUUAGAUUGAAGAAUUUAGCGAAGGCAUUGGGGCCAUCUUAUCUAAGAGUAAGCGGAACUGCUGUCGAUUAUACUUUAUUUGAUGAAGUGAAGUCGGGUAACCGUAUAUUUAAAAAAGAAACAUUUGAUGGUUUAAACAAUCUAGUUAAAGAGGCUGGAUGGGGUUUAAUUUUUGGAGUAAAUCUACAGCACCGGACGAACGGACGAUGGGAUCCUUCAAACGCACUAAAGUUAUUUCAGUACACGAUUGAAAAGGGAUACCAUGUUGCCGAGCCAGGUCAAUAUUACAAGCGAAAUGAAACUUUAGCGCCUGAUGUGAUAUCCAGAGAUUAUGAUAGAAUAAAAACGGUUCUAGAUUCCAUACCAGCCAUGAAACCAUACCUUCUUAUAGGCCCAGAUGUUGGGGCUAUCAAAGCACUUGAACCGAUUAUGAAAGCCGGAGCUUACCAUUCAUUAGAUGUAAUGACCUAUCACCAAUAUUAUGUACAUGGCGACACCGCAAAAGUAGAAAAUUUUUAUAAUAUCCACGUCAUUGAAAGUGUAAAGUUUGUCAGCCAGAUGGCUUUAGAUAUAAGCCACAGAAAUGGUGGGAAACCUGUCUGGUUAGGAGAAACAUCUUCAGCUUCUGGCGGAGGGGCGAAAGGUAUAUCUGAUAGAUACGUAGCAGGAUUUCUGUGGUUAGAUAAAUUGGGCAAGUUGGCGACAAUGGGAGUAAAAGGUGUAUUUAGACAGGAAUUGGCUGGUGGUAUUUACACUUUGUUAGAUACAGAUUGGAGACCCAGGCCUGAUUAUUGGUUAACUGUUUUAUACAAAAGGUUAGUGGGUACUGUUGUCCUAUCUCCACCAACACCACCACCAUAUUCUAGAGUAUUUGUCCAGUGUACCAACAGAGCCAAUACUUAUGGCUACAACCCUGGAAGCGUGACGGUAAUGGUUUUAAAUCUUCGAGAUACAAAUAUGAAUUUCAAACUGGGUUCUAUGGCGGAUAAAAUGGUAGAAUUAUAUAUGCUGACACCCGGAUCUCAAGACGGUUUACUUUCCAAAACAGUUAAACUAAAUGGUAAAGAGUUAUUUCUGGUAAACGAUGAAAAGUUACCUCCUUUAUUACCACGUAAACAGAAAGGAGAUUGGAUUGCUGUUGCAGCACAUUCGUUUGGUUUUAUUGUAAUACCCGAUGCGAACCACAGAGACUGCCUUUAAUCUUUAAAUAAAGGUUUACACCGUUUAAA